GGAGCUGGGGAGUGGAGCCACCAUCAGGGAAAGACUCACUCCCGGUGACUAUAGAGGAGUCAGUGCUGUCCCCGGCCAGGAUGAAGCUGCUGUUGCUGUGUCUGGGGCUGAUUCUUGUCUGUGCCCAACAGGAAGAAAACAGUGAUGUUCCGCUAAGAAACUUCGAUAUUUCAAAGAUUUCAGGAGAGUGGUAUUCCAUUUUCGUGGCCUCAGACAUCAAGGAAAAGGUAGAAGAAGAUGGUAGCAUGAGGAUUUUUGUGGAAAACAUCCAGCCCUUGGACAACUCUUCUCUGUACUUUAAAUUUCAAAGAAAGGGAAAUGAAGAGUGUAGUGGAUUUUCUUUGGUUGCUGACAAAACAGAAGAGGAUGCUAUAUAUAGUGUUAUCUAUGAUGGAUACAAUGUAUUUCGCAUAAAUGAAUUUGUCAAUUCUAACUAUAUUAUUAUUCAGCUGGUGAAUUUCAGCAAGAACAGACCAUACCAAAAGUUGGACUUCUUUGCCCGAGAACCAGAUGUGAGUCCAGAACUCAAGGAAGAGUUUGUGAAAAUUGCCCAAAGACAAGGAAUUUUUGAGGAAAAGAUAUUUGACCUGACCCAAACUGAUCGCUGUUUUCCGACCCGAGGGAGCGAAGUGGCCUAGGCCUCCAGCUGAGUGAGAGUGAAUACUUCCUCACCUGGGCUCCAGGAUCUUCCCUCCGUGAUCCCCAUGACAUCUUGUGACAAGUUCUGUCACCUGAUUUCCAUCACUAUCGCACGUGAAGGCAUUAUCUCUGCAUCUUCAGGAUCUUCCCUAAUUGUCUAGGAAGACUCCUCAACUCACCAAGAAUCAAGGUUUUUCCCAAAUUCCCCACUCUCUCUGCCAUGCCCAGAACUCGACCAUGCUGAGACCUUCCUCUACCUGAUCAAUAAAUGAUUAGCCUUGCAGUCA